AUGGAGUCCAUGGAUUACAACUACUUUGCUUCGAAUGGCCAUCAAAACUAUCAAUACAUGAAUUAUGGCGCCGAAGCAGGUCUCAUGCACCCUGGUGUUAGCAACGACAUCGCGGGACCGACCAUGGAACCAGACCUCGAUUCAAACGCCUUCAUGUCGGGCUCAUUCGACUACACACAGUUCGAUAACCCCCUCGGUGGUAGCACCGGUCUCACACCCAUGCCCACUACAUCUGGCUCGCCUUCUCCACAACAGCUCUCUCUCCUCGCAAACGACAGCGGUAUAGCACUCGACAUGGACGAUAUGCCGCAGGGCAGACGGAGUAGCAGCGAGGAGAAGGACAACCUCACACCCGCGCAGUCAAGACGAAAGGCACAGAACCGGGCAGCACAACGAGCCUUCCGCGAGCGCAAAGAACGCCACGUCCGCGACCUCGAAGCCAAACUCAACCUCCUCACCACCACAACCUCCUCCCUCCAAUCCGACAACGAACGCCUCAAACUCAUGCUCCAACGCGCACAAACCGAGAACGAGAUCCUCCGGGCCACCGCCUCCUCCUCCCCUACCUCCAACCAGCCGCCCAAAUUCGUCGACGAACCAUCAUUACUCCCACCUGUCUCGCGGUCGUCGAGGAGAGGCACUGGCCCCCGCAAAGACAGCCACAACAACAAUAGCGACGACUCGUUCGACUCACAUCGGCUAGCGAACGGGCUGAUCUCCACCGAACCCUCCCCGAAUGGCAGCUCGCCCAGUAACCGCAACGCACUGCUCUCUGCGAGCGCGACUUGGGACUUGAUCCAGUCACAUCCGCUGUAUCUUUCCGGCGCGGUGGAUAUAGGCGAGGUGUGUGAGCGGCUGAAGAAGAUGGCGAAGUGUGACGGAAUGGGUCCGAUGUUCGACGAGGAGGAGGUGAGGAAGGUGAUUGAGGAGGUGGGGAGGAGUGGUGGGGAUGAAUUGAUAUGA